AUGUCAGAAAAUCACCUCGGAUAUAAAUUGCAUAAUCCAUUCGCCAACGAGACAAUCCUCCAUAUCCACGGGGGCUUCUCCAGUGGCAGUGAAUGGGAUGCUGUCUACCUCCUCCUCGCUGACAGGGGAUAUCAUCUACUCAUACCUGAUCUCCCUGCGCAUGGAGAGUCAUUACAUAUUCAUCUGUUCGAACUGGAUGAUGCGGCGCGUCGAUUAUCGGAGUUGAUUGAGACAGAGGCAUAUGAGGGUGUCGCUCAUAUUGUCGCGAUUAGUAUUGGAGCUCAUAUUGGGGCGCAUUUAGCAUCGCAAUAUCCUGAUCGAGUCGUGUCGAUGAUCGUGUCGGGCUUUAACAUGUUCACACCGAAUAUAUUCACCCCAUUCCUCCCACCACUUGUCUAUCUACUCCAACGAGGAAGUGCCCUCAUAUCAAGUCCAACAGCAGAAUGGGAACGUCUAAAAAAGGGCCAAGGUUCAUUCGGAAUGACACGCGAUAUUUUUAACAUACUGUUCUCAUCGCGGGAACUGCGCCCGAUCAGUACCCGCACCUUGGUUGUCGCUGCAACGAGAGAUGGCAUUUCUGCAGAUAAUAUCGAUCAUUCCUGA